AUGGCGCCUAAGCGACGACCGCGAGAAAUCUCUUCCGAGUCAGACACCUCCGCUUCAGACACCCCUUCGCCGCCUUCCAAAGCUUCCAAAACAUCAUCAGGGAAACGUCAACGCCAGAGGUCCGGGAAAGCCUCCGUAGCCGUAGGAUCGUCUCCGUUUGAUGCGGAGCCGGCAUGGGCGCAGAAGGGCACGGGCGCGGUGAAUCCGGGGAGGGUGCGCGAGCUGCGCAAGGGGCUGCGGCGGACGGGGCCUGUGGUGUACUGGAUGUCGCGAGAUCAACGGUCCAAGGACAACUGGGCUCUCAUCUACGCCGUCCAAAAGGCGCGCGAGAGGGGAGAGGCAGUGGCGGUGGUGUUCAACCUGGUGGACUCCUUUCUGGGCGCCAAGGCGCGGCACUUCGCCUUCAUGCUGCGCGGGCUGAGAGAAGUGCAGGGCUCCUUUGUGGCGCUCGGGAUCCCCUUCUUCCUCUUCCAGGGCAAGGCAGAGGAGACGGUUCCGGAUUUCGCCAUGCGAUGUGGCGCGUCGCUAUUGGUCACCGACUUCUCCCCGCUGCGCAUCGGACGGCACUGGCGCGAGGGGGUGUGUGCCAGGCUGGCAGAUCUGGAGCUCAGCCAAUCAGGAAGCGGCAGCAGCAGCAGGCAAGGGGCCACAUUAGCAGACAGAGCAGCAGAAGGAGAAGCAGGAGAAGCGGCAGGAGGGAGGGAAGGGGUGGAAGGGAAGGAAGGUGCGGCAGGGAGGGAUGAGUUGUGGGACGCGCAGGUGGGGCUGACAGGCGUGCAUGAGGUGGACGCCCACAACGUCGUGCCCAUCUGGGCCGCUUCAGACAAGUUAGAGUACGCCGCCCGCACCAUCCGCACCAAAAUACACCGGAAAUUGCCGGAUUAUUUGGUGGAGUACCCCCAGUUGGAGCCGGGGUGCGCGGCAGAGUGGACGGGGGAGAAGCCGGCGCCUGUGGACUGGGAUUCGUUAAUAGCUGCUGUGAUCAGGGCUGGUCCCGAGGUACCGGAGGUGGACUGGAUAGUGCCGGGGGAAGCAGCAGCAGCAGCGGGGCUACAGACGUUUCUGGAGAAGAGGCUGAGGGGGUACGACAGUGGGCGCAACGACCCCUCCAAGGGCCCCACCACGCUGUCAGGGCUCUCCCCCUGGCUGCACUACGGCCACAUUGCCCCCCAGCAGUGUGCUCUGGAGGCCAGGAAGCUGCGGAAGCAGCACAGCAAGUCAGUGGACGCCUUUCUAGAGGAGCUGGUGGUGCGCAGGGAGCUGGCGGACAACUACUGCUUCCACCAGCCGCACUACGACUCGUUGUCGGGCGCGUGGGAGUGGGCGCAGCGAUCGCUGAAUGAGCACCGGGGUGACAAGAGAGAGUUCGUGUACACGGCAGCACAGUGGGAAGCAGCCAAGACUCACGACCAGUUGUGGAACGCGGCUCAGCUCGAGCUGGUGCACUAUGGCAAGAUGCACGGUUUCAUGCGCAUGUAUUGGGCGAAGAAGAUUCUAGAGUGGUCUGAGUCGCCAGAGGAAGCUCUCAGAAUAGCGAUCGAGCAGAACGACAAGUACUCAUUGGACGGCCGGGAUCCCAAUGGCUACGUUGGCUGCAUGUGGUCAAUUGCAGGCGUGCACGACCAG